AUGACUGUGGGAGAGUAUGCGGCUAAGUUUCAAGAGCUGAUGAAAUACUGGCCUCAUUAUCAGUAUGGUGAUGGAGAGGAGGAUCUGUGUGCUCAGUUUGAGCAUAGAUUGAGGCCGGACAUCCGAGCUGCGGUCAGUGUGUUUCAACUGACAGAUUUGCCCACCCUGGUGAGCAAGAGUUCAAAUAGCUCUCAGUCUCGAGGGAGUUCAUCUCAAGAGAAAAGCAGUGGGAGUGGUUCAGGAUCAAGCUCUUUUAGAGGGCCGCUCAAGUGCUUCAGAUGUGGAGGGCCACACAUGGUGAAGGACUGUCCAUGGUCGAGGAUAACUUGUAGCAACUGUGGGAAGUUGGGGCACAUUGCCAAUGAGUGCUGGGCCGCUAAGAGAAGCGGUAGUGCAAGUGUAGCUCAGAGGCCAGAAUCAAGAGGAAGUACGGGGCCAAGUACGGGGCAGAAGCCGAGCAUUCCUGGUAGAGUCUUUGCUAUGAGUGGGGCAGAGGCGUCGCAGUCAGAAGAACUGAUCCGAGGUAAAUGCAUUAUUAAGGGUCGAUUGCUUGAUGUGCUGUUUGAUUCGGGUGCUACGCACUCUUUUAUAUUUGUGGACUGUGUGAAGAGUUUGAAUCUGUAUGUGACAGAAUUGCCAUGUAAUGUUGUGGUGACUACCCCUACGGGUAAGCCGGUUGUGAUGUCAUGGGUGUGUUUGGGGUGUGCAAUGAUGGUACACGGUAAGGAGUUUGAGGUGGACUUAAUUUGUUUACCUCUUUCCCAACUGGAUGUAAUCCUGGGAAUAGAUUGGCUUGCUGCUAACCAUGUGCUACUGGACUAUAGGGAGAGGACUUUGAUCUUUGAUGUGACAAUGGCAGAAGUUCCAAGACUUAUGAGCCAAGGUGCAUGGGAGAACAUGGUAAACGCUAAGGCUUUCAUGGUUAUGUUCUCAAUGGAAGCCAAAAGCGUGGUGGAGCCGGAGUAUAUUCCCGUGGUGAGGGAUUUCUUGGAGGUAUUUCCUGAGGAUAUUUCUGAGCUACCGCCUGAGAGAGAGAUAGAGUUUGCUAUCAACCUCAUUCCGGGAGCAAGCCCAAUUUCUGUGGCGCCUUACAAGAUGUCACCAGUGGAGUUGGCAAAGGUCAAGAAGCAAGUAGAAGACCUAUUGUAG